GCGUUGGUGGGCAAUUUUUGCUGCAAUCUUGCAUAACUUUAAAGAUGGAGAGGUGGUCUGGUCGCGUUGCUUUAGUCACAGGAGCCAGUGCAGGUAUAGGAGAGGAGAUAGCCCGCCAGUUGGUGACUAGUGGAAUGAUAGUGUACGGGGCAGCAAGGAAUGUACAGAAGAUACAGGCUCUGUCAGAUCAGUUAUCAGGUAGUCCUGGUAAACUGAUAGCCAUCAAAUGUGACGUGAAGAAUGAAGAAGAAGUAAAAAGAGUCUUCAAACAGAUCAAAGAGGAGACCAAUGGAGGUGGAGCUGAUGUGUGUAUUAAUAAUGCUGGAGUCUCUCAUGAUGGGACACUACUGACUGGUAGCACUGAUGACUGGAGGGACAUGCUUGAUGUGAAUGUACUGGCCCCUAGUGUUAUAACUCGUGAAUUUAUGAAUGAUAUCAAAUCAAGGAAAAUUGAUGAUGGACAUAUUGUCUUCAUAAACAGUAUGUCUGGUCAUCGUGUUACUAACUAUUCUCAUUUCUAUUGUGCCACUAAAUAUGCUGUGACUGCACUAGUUGAAGGGAUAAGACAAGAAUUGAGAGAAAUGAAAACCAACACUAGAAUAACAGCUAUAUCUCCUGGUCUAGUUCGUACUGAGUUCAGAGGACGUGCUUCAAAAGCUGCUGAUAUAGAGCAGUCAAAGAAAGACUAUGACUCACUAGUGUAUAAUGGUCAACCUCUAGAGGCAGUUGAUAUGGCUUCAGCUGUUCUGUUUGCAUUAUCAGCACCACCAAGAAUGGAAGUUAAUGAUAUUUAUAUCAGGCCAACCGCACAAGUUCAUUAAAAAGAAAUGGAGAAAGUGCUUGUCAGUAUUAUUAACAUUUGUGAUGCCUGAAUUUUUUUUGAUUUUAGUAAAAAAACUAAAGCUGCUAAAAGUCAUUUAAAAAUAAGACUUGACUGCAAUUUGCAUCAACGCAAUUCAUGAGUAAUCUUCAUG